GAAGGGAACAGAGACAUAGAGAGAGAAAGGACAGUUGAAAACGCGCAAAUGGAAAGAAAAAGAAAGCUGCAUCACUCAGUAGAUCUCUAUCUUUCUCCUCUCACACCCACACGGGCGCUAAGUCAGUGUGGAAAAACUAAAUUAAUAAAAUAAAGUAUAAUAAAUAAGAGCGAUUUCUCUUUCUCCCUCUUUCUGUUCGCCUCUUAUGGUUUCUUUCUGAGACGGAGUUAAGUGGAGGGGGCCGGCGACUCACUUAACUCGGGCGAGUUAUGGGUUGUUGCCAAUCUUCCUUCUUGAGAGUAUCCGUCUCCCAAGAAAAUGCCUCUAACGACAACAACUAUCUUCAUCAGUCGCAGAAUCACCACCCUUCUCACCCGGCCAACGGUAUCGACCCUGCCUCCGCUGCUUCCGGAGGUUUUUGUGGUUUCACCGAGUUUUCCCUCGCUGACCUAAAAGCUGCCACCAAUAGCUUUAGCCCCGAGUUCAUCGUUUCAGAAAGCGGUGAGAAGGCUCCCAAUGUCGUCUAUAAAGGCCGUCUACAGAACCAAGAUAAUCGCACUUGGAUCGCUGUCAAGAAAUUCACGAAGCUUGCCUGGCCCGAUCCCCAACAAUUCGCUGUUGAGGCGUUGGGUGUUGGGAAAUUUAAACACAAGAGGCUAGCUAAUUUGAUAGGGUACUGCUGUGAUGGGGACGAGAGGUUACUGGUGGCGGAAUACAUGCCCAAUGAUACCCUUGCGAAACAUCUAUUUCACUGGGAGAAUCAAACCAUUGAGUGGGCCCUGCGAUUAAGAGUUGCUUUGUACAUUGCUGAAGCUUUAGAUUAUUGUAGUUCUGGAGGUUGUCCACUGUACCACGAUUUAAAUGCUUAUAGGGUUCUUUUUGACGAGAAUGGAGACCCUCGGCUUUCAUGUUUUGGCUUGAUGAAAAAUAGUAGGGAUGGAAAAAGUUACAGCACAAAUCUUGCUUAUACACCCCCCGAAUAUCUAAGAAAUGGAAGAGUCACUCCUGAAAGUGUUAUCUUCAGCUUUGGGACUGUCCUCUUGGAUCUUCUCAGUGGAAAGCACAUCCCUCCUAGUCAUGCCCUUGAUAUGAUACGGGGAAAAAACAUCCUUCUCUUAAUGGAUUCACAUUUGGAGGGAAACUUUUCAACUGAAGAAGCAACUGUGGUCUUUGAUCUAGCUUCAGAAUGUUUACAGUAUGAACCUAGAGAGAGGCCAAAUACAAAGGAUCUUGUUGCUACCCUUGCACCGCUGCAAAAUAAACCUGAUGUUCCAUCUUAUGUGAUGCUUGGAAUACCAAAGCAUGAGGAAGCAUCACCUACUCCACAACACCCUCUUUCUCCAAUGGGUGAUGCCUGUUCACGGAUGGAUCUCACAGCUAUACAUCAGAUUUUGGUAAUGACACACUACAAGGAUGAUGAAGGAACUAAUGAGUUAUCCUUCCAAGAGUGGACCCAACAGAUGAAAGAUAUGUUGGAGGCCAGAAAGCGUGGAGAUGUAGCAUUUCGCGACAAAGACUUUAAAACAGCUAUAGAAUGUUAUUCUCAGUUUAUAGAUGUGGGAACCAUGAUUUCUCCAACUGUUUAUGCACGGCGAAGUCUAUGUCAUCUUCUAUGUGAUCAACCAGAUGCUGCCCUCCGAGAUGCAAUGCAAGCACAAUGUGUAUACCCUGAAUGGUCUACAGCGUUUUACAUGCAAGCUGUGGCCCUUGCCAAGCUGGACAUGCACAACGAUGCAGCUGACAUGUUGAAUGAGGCUGCUAUGCUGGAAGAAAAAAGGCAACGCGGAGGCAAAGGAUCUUGAGAGGGGACUUCUGUAAAUAUUCUUUUGUAUUUGCAUGUGGUCGAUUGUUGUGAUAUUAUUGUAACAAAAAUGUGGGGUUAGUGUCAUGUGCAUUGGAAAUCUGGUUUCCAUCCAA